UAGGCGAUCAACUUUCCUUCUUCCCAACUUCUCUUCUCCCCGGCAAUUUUUCUCCUUCGUUGGGCUUUCUCUUAUCAGGAUGAGUUUUGAAGUGAUCUUUCACCAUGGGGGUAAAUUUCUGCGUGAAGGGUUUCCAAUACCCUGAAAAAAAAUCGACAUUGAUAGGUGGAGUUACUUUGAGGCAAUCGGGGUAGUGAAUGAAAUAGGACACGAUCAUGAUGUUCUAUUGUAGUGGAGAAGUGAUGAUGCUUAUAAAACGUUCAGGUGUAACAAUGACGCUACAAAUAUUUCUGCUUUUGCUUUGAAAAAUGAGCGUCGAGUUCAUAUUUAUGUUAAAUCUGCUAUUUCGAACGAAGACCAUGAUGAGACGUCUUUAUGCUAAUUUUAAGAAAAAGUUUGGAGGAGGAACUGAUAUAAGAGAUUUGAUGAUGUCUGCUGUGAAAUCAACUUAUAAUAGAGGUUGGGAAGAGAAAAUGGAAGCUAUAAAACAGUUAGAUAGCAAAGCAUGAGAGCGUUUGAUGAGUAUCCCAACAAAAUUGUGGUGCAAGCAUGUUUUCUUCCUUUCCUAAAUAUAAUGUGAUGUUUUGAUGAACAACCUUUCGGAAGCUUUUAAUAGUACUAUAAUGGUUGCUAGAGACAAACCAAUUGUGACCAUGUGUGAGUGGAUAAGGACAUACUUGAUGAGUAGAAUAGCUACAUUAAGAAGUAAGUUGAAUAUGUGGCAGCAUAGAGUAAUGCUGAAACCUAAAAAAAGAUUAGAUAGAGAGAUAGAACAUGGUGGAAAUUUGCAGCCAACAUGGGCAACAGAUAGAACAUUUGAAGUGGAGCAUACUCAAUUUGUUCAUAGGUUUGUCGUUGAUUUACAAAAACGCACGUGUACCUACAACUAUUGGCAAUUAAUAGGAAUACCUUGUAGACAUGCUGUUGCUGGAAUGUCUUAUAGGGGUCUAGGGAUACAACCCGGAGAAUGAUGUUAAUCAGUGUUACACACGGAAUGUGUAUGAAUUAUGCUAUAGUUAUGGUAUAAGUCCUAGUAACGGACAAUCUAUGUGGCCAAAUGUUGAGUGUGAGGAUAUGCUCACUCCCCGAUAUAAGAGGGGACCUGGAAGGCCAAAGAAACUGAGGAGGAGAGGACCUGAUGAGGAUGAAAAUUCUCCGAAGUUGAAGAGGGUCAAUACCCAAUACAGAUGCACAAAGUGUGAUAAGUUAGGACACAAUUCGAGAGGUUGUAAAACUACAACUGUGAACUUAGCUGCCCAUCCAAGCAAGAAAGGUAAAUCACUCUACAUUUAGUUUAACAAUUUCAAUUCUAUAAAUAUUAAUUACAUUUUGAUUGAUAGAGAGAAAGCCAAAAAAGGAACCAUUGUUGACGGUGUGAUUGGUGUCGGGGAAAUGUCAAAUGCAUGAGCC